GUAAAGCCCACAGUGGUGUGAGCUCUGGGGCUGUCUGUGGCCACAGUUCCGGCUACCCUAUCUGGGACCUAGGGUUGCUCUGGGAGUAACUUUGACAGAGAGGAGAGCAGAAAGGAAGGAGUCCAAAGCCAGAGCCGGCCCAGACCAGUCGUCAGUCUCCUGCCUGCCAGCUAGACCUAGGGCGGCCCCUCAGGCUGCUCCGCUCCUCCCAGAGGAUGCUUUGGGAGUGAGAAGGGGCGGGGCUGCUCCUCACCCCAGAGCACCCUCUCCAGUCCCCUGAUUCUCCCAGGGCUUUCUGCAACCAGGCCAGCCCUUCUACUGCUGUCCAUUUUGUGUCUAGCAAAAUAACAGAAGACAGCGAGGAGGACUUCCUGGAGGAGGUGACAGCACACAUCAGAAGCCAUCUGUAGCGGGGGCACCAUGGUGCUUACAGGUGUGAUGCCAGCUUCAGUCCUCACAGGCCAGUUGUUGCUGUCGGUGCUAUUGCUGCUGGGACCACAGGCCUCCCAAGGCCUAGUCAUCGCGCCCCCUGGGCCAGAGUUCAUCCUCAACAUGUCCAGCACCUUUGUUCUGACCUGCUCGAGUUCGUCUCCGGUGAUGUGGGAACAGAUGUCCCAGGUGCCCUGGCAAGAAGUGGCCAUGAAUCAGGACGGCACCUUCUCCAGUGUGCUGACACUGACCAACGUCACUGGGGGAGACACUGGGGAAUACUUUUGUGUCCACAACACUUCACUAGUGCCGGAGCUCAGUGAGCGGAAGCGUAUCUAUAUCUUCGUGCCGGACCCCACCAUGGGCUUCCUCCCUAUGGACUCUGAGGACCUAUUCAUUUUUGUCACGGAUGUUGCUGAGACGACAAUUCCAUGCCGAGUGACGGACCCCCAGCUGGAGGUGACACUGCACGAGAAGAAAGUGGAUAUCCCCCUGCACGUGCCCUUUGACCCCCAGCGAGGGUUCACUGGUACUUUUGAGGACAAGACUUAUAUUUGCAAAACCACCAUUGGGGACAGGGAAGUGGACUCCGAUACUUACUAUGUCUACAGCCUCCAGGUGUCAUCCAUCAAUGUCUCUGUGAAUGCAGUGCAGACUGUGGUCCGCCAGGGUGAGAGCAUCACCAUCAGGUGCAUUGUAAUGGGCAACGAUGUGGUCAACUUCCAAUGGACGUACCCUCGCAUGAAGAGUGGGCGGCUGGUGGAGCCAGUGACCGACUACCUCUUUGGAGUGCCCUCCCGCAUUGGCUCCAUCCUGCAUAUCCCCACUGCUGAGCUGAGUGACUCAGGCACCUACACUUGCAACGUGUCAGUGAGUGUGAAUGACCAUGGAGAUGAGAAAGCCAUCAACAUCACGGUGAUCGAGAACGGCUAUGUGCGGCUGCUCAGAACACUGGGAGAUGUACAAAUUGCUGAGCUGCACCGGAGCCGGACGUUGCAGGUGGUGUUCGAGGCUUAUCCGACACCCUCUGUCCUGUGGCUCAAGGACAACCGUACCUUGGGUGACUCCAGCGCUGGCGAGUUAGUUCUGUCCACUCGCAACGUGUCUGAGACCCAGUAUGUGUCAGAACUGACCUUGGUACGUGUGAAGGUGUCAGAAGCAGGCUACUAUACUAUGAGAGCCUUCCAUGAGGACGAUGAGGUCCAGCUCUCAUUCAAGUUGCAGGUUAAUGUCCCUGUCCGUGUGCUGGAACUGAGUGAGAGUCACCCUGCCACUGGGGAGCAGACAAUCCGCUGUCGUGGCCGGGGCAUGCCUCAGCCAAAUGUCACCUGGUCUACCUGCAGAGACCUCAAAAGCAGGUGUCCACGAAAACUGUCACCUACACCCUUGGGGAAUAGUUCCAAGGAGGAGAGCCAGCUAGAAACGAACGUGACUUUCUGGGAGGAAGAUCAGGAAUACGAGGUGGUGAGCACUCUGCGCCUGCGUCACGUGGACCAGCCCCUGUCAGUCCGUUGUAUGCUGCAGAACUCGAUGGGCGGAGAUUCGCAGGAGGUCACUGUGGUCCCACAUUCCUUGCCCUUCAAAGUGGUGGUGAUCUCAGCCAUCCUGGCCUUGGUGGUCCUUACGGUCAUCUCUCUCAUCAUUCUCAUCAUGCUGUGGCAGAAGAAACCACGCUACGAGAUCCGAUGGAAGGUCAUUGAGUCUGUGAGUUCUGACGGCCAUGAGUACAUCUACGUGGACCCUGUGCAGCUGCCUUACGACUCCACCUGGGAGCUGCCGCGGGACCAGCUUGUUCUGGGACGCACUCUUGGCUCCGGGGCUUUCGGACAGGUGGUGGAGGCCACGGCUCAUGGCCUGAGCCAUUCCCAGGCCACCAUGAAAGUGGCUGUCAAGAUGCUGAAAUCUACAGCCAGAAGCAGCGAGAAGCAAGCCCUCAUGUCGGAGCUGAAGAUCAUGAGUCAUCUCGGACCCCACCUGAAUGUGGUCAACCUGUUGGGGGCCUGUACCAAAGGAGGGCCCAUCUACAUUAUCACGGAAUACUGCCGCUACGGUGACCUGGUGGACUAUCUGCACCGGAACAAGCACACCUUCUUGCAGCGACACUCCAGCAAGCACUGUCCGCCCAGUGCUGAGCUCUACAGCAACGCCCUGCCGGUGGGGCUCUCCCUACCCAGCCACUUGAACCUGACUGGGGAGAGCGACGGCGGUUACAUGGACAUGAGCAAGGAUGAGUCUGUAGAUUACGUGCCCAUGUUGGACAUGAAAGGAGACAUCAAAUACGCGGACAUCGAGUCCUCCAGCUACAUGACUCCUUACGAUAACUAUGUCCCAUCUGCUCCCGAAAGGACCUAUCGUGCCACCUUAAUCAACGACUCACCAGUACUCAGCUACACGGACCUCGUGGGCUUCAGCUACCAAGUGGCCAAUGGCAUGGAGUUCUUGGCCUCUAAGAACUGUGUUCACCGAGACCUGGCGGCCAGGAAUGUGCUCAUCUGUGAGGGCAAGCUGGUCAAGAUCUGUGACUUUGGCCUGGCUCGGGACAUCAUGCGGGACUCAAACUACAUCUCCAAAGGCAGCACCUUCCUGCCUCUGAAGUGGAUGGCCCCAGAGAGCAUCUUCAACAGCCUCUACACCACCUUGAGUGAUGUGUGGUCCUUUGGGAUCCUACUCUGGGAGAUCUUCACACUGGGUGGCACCCCUUACCCAGAGCUGCCCAUGAACGACCAGUUUUACAACGCCAUCAAGAGGGGCUACCGGAUGGCCCAGCCAGCUCAUGCCUCUGAUGAGAUCUAUGAGAUCAUGCAGAAAUGCUGGGAAGAAAAGUUUGAGACUCGGCCCCCCUUCUCCCAGCUGGUGCUGCUCCUGGAGAGGCUCCUGGGUGAAGGCUAUAAAAAGAAGUACCAGCAGGUAGAUGAGGAGUUUCUGAGGAGCGACCAUCCAGCCAUCCUGAGGUCCCAAGCUCGCUUGCCGAGCAUCCACAGCCUCCGAUCCCCUCUGGACACCAGCUCUGUUCUCUACACUGCCGUGCAGCCUAAUGAGAGUGACAAUGACUACAUCAUCCCCUUGCCUGACCCCAAGCCUGAUGCUGCUGACGAGGGCCUCCUAGAGGGUGCCCCCAGCCUUGCCAGCUCUACCUUGAAUGAAGUCAACACUUCCUCCACCAUCUCCUGCGACAGUCCCCUGGAGCUCCAAGAAGAGCCACAAGCAGAGCCUGAGGCACCGUUGGAGCAGCCCCAGGACUCAGGCUGCCCAGGACCUCUGGCUGAAGCAGAGGACAGCUUCCUGUAGGGACUGACUCCACUCCAUCCUGCCCGAAUCUCCCAUCUGCCUCCCAGCACCCAACCCUCUUGGCCUGGCCUGGCCUGGCCUGGCCCGGCCCACCAGCAGCUACACUGCCACAAGCUGUCCCCUUGAGGAAAGCCCUUGGUUUGCAGCACCCAAAGUCCAGGGACCAACUUAGCUUAGGAGGCAAGAGAACUGUGAGGACUGAGCCUCUGCCUCUGGAAGGUCAUGGGACUCUGAACCAGGGCUCCUCCAGGGGACUCAGUUUCCCCAAAUGUAAGAGGAAGAGUUGCACUUGGCUACAGGACAGCUAUGGAGAAAUCCAUGGGUAUAAGGUGGUGUGCUCACAUCCUCCUGUGUAGCAGCUGCCCCUCAGCUGGAUCGCUCUACUUUGAUCGUCCCAAGAAUCGGGCAAGGACCUGAUACCCGGCUCCUGGUCAAACUGAAGCCAGCCUUAGGCAUGGCCAUUUCAUUCAGAACCCACCUACCCCAGUCUUAGCUUUCCCAGGCCCAAGCUGGUCUGGGGCCAACCAUGCUUAAUGGAUGCUUUUAGUGGUGAAGGCGAGCUGAGUCCGGAACUUUCUGGCUGGUGGCCCUGCCCAGGGCACUCAGGGCACUCCUGGCCACAGGAAGCACCCACUCCUUUCAGCCUCACCAGUUUUAGAACAGUAUCCUUGUCACUCUCAGUUGACUUGCCCACUAGAGUCUGCAGGGCCAUUGUCCACACCUGUGAUAUGCUAAGCAUCUGCCUGAAGUGCACACCACUAAGAGCCCUGGCUCUGCACUGGACCCGAUAAGAGACCUUGAAGGCCUUCCUUGCUCUCUCUGGGUACCAAUUUUCUUUCCCCUUUGAAAAUUGAUCAAGUUGGACGCAUAGACUCUGAGAACCCUGUCAAUAGUACAAUUCUAGUAUGUUCCGGGAGUUUCCUCUUGUCCGGAAGAAGCGGGGUCAAGUCCUUAAACUGACCUUUCUGGGGGUCAGCUGAGCUCUCGGGAGAUCCCAAAUACACACCACACUCUGGGGAUUCAGAACAGAGCCUCUUCUUCAAGUCUCCAAGGGCAACUGCCCAGACCUUGACUUGGAGUGACAAUUAGUGUCCUAGGAAAUCCCCUACAGCUGUCCUGAGGACACAGGAGGACCAUGAGACCCUUUUCAUACCAUGAUAAACUCUGAAUCCAACAAGAGUGGCAGAGAAGGCAAACCAGGUUACCUCAGGCCACUGUCACCAGCGGUGUGUGGACAGACAUGAUGGACAGUGAGGACAGAUGUCCUGUGCAGGACGAGAGACUUGAGGUGAGCAUGAGAGGAGGACGCUGAGGGACUGCUCUCUCAGCUGCCAGCUGCCCCAGUCCUCAGGGAGCACCACACAGACAUGUUUUUAACCCUGAACCAAUGAACAUUGGAAGUGCCUGGGGAGUAGGGAACUGGGGACGUCAGCCCUUCUGGGGACCCUUCCUGCUGGCUGGUUGGCUGGCAACUCCCUGCCUGGAGCAGCAGAGGCUGGGCAGUACUGCUCACAACAAUGGUACCAAAGAUGUAAUCACCUAGGUUUACAAGUACUUGUAGGACUUGCAAUAACCCACAUUUAGACACCGGAAGUGCUAUUAUUUUGUAUACUGUUAAGUUUUCCGAUCUGUACUUUUUUUUUUUAAGAGAAAAAUUUUAAUAUUAAACUUGGUGCUUAUCACUGAA